AUGCAGAGCCGUCCUACGGAGCAAGGCGUUGGUCUACGGCGGCGAGAGUCGGUCUCCUCGAUCAGCUCAAUGCGCAGUGUGCGGUCCAUGACCACGCCGCGCGAGGUCAGCACCGACUCGCUACUGGUGAUAGAGGACCGCUUCGUUCGCAAGCCACGGGCCCCGAGAUUGCGCCGGCCCGACCCGAGGCCACAGCCCCGGCUCUCUGCGCAUGUGUCCUUCCCUCCGCCCUCUGCCGGCCGCUCCACGUACUACUUUCCGAACGGCGAGGUUUUCAGGCCACGGAUGCAACCACGGCCCAAAUCGGCCAAACACAGCUCCCUGCCAAACAUGGGCAGUCUAGCCACCGGCCAGCGGCAGCCACCGUUGCCAGCUCCGGCGGCCCCUGUCCAGGAGUACCAGCCGGUCCCCGAGACUCAGCAGAUGUCUCAAAUAUCCAAUCAGCCCACGGGCUCGAGUGCGUCGUCGGCGUCGCCGUCGUCGUCGGUAGACCACAGCACGCCGGCGUCGUCCAUUACGUGCAGCGAGGAGGAGGACGACGACAAGAAAGGACUGAAGGGGAUGUUCAGCAAGCUGCUCCGGAAGGAUAAGAAGCUCAGCAAAAGAGCCGAGCCGCUCGCGUCAAAGAGCAACCUGAGCAGCGAAAGCUCGUUGGAGUCUCUGUCGCUGUCGACCGAGCCGAGUGACGACAGCAGCAGCUUCAUUGCCGGCGACGACCGGCCGCUAGACGGCGGCGACCUCGACUCGGAACUCGAGUACAUCUCGUCGAUCAUUGGGAUCGGAGAAACCUCGUUUUUCGACGACGAGAGCCAGGACAAGCUCAUCAGGCGCGAGUCGCUGAGCAGGAAGUCGCUGGAGAAACAGAAGUCGCUGAGCAGGAAGAACACGCUGGAUUCGCAGGCCACGCUCGACGCGAAAAUGCACUGCGACGUUGCAAAGCCGCGCACUUUCGGCAACGGCGAGUUCGAGGUCGUCACCACAAACAGCGCCAAGGAGCCAGGCAAGUCCUGUGCCGCGGCGAGGUCCGCGCUGAGCUCGCGGUCGGCGAGCCCGCAGCGCGUGUCUUUCUCCGAUAAGAUCUACCUUAAUGAGACGUUUUCUGCCGACCAUUACGUGCGGUUUAAUAGAGGCCUCAAGCACAGCUAUUCGCAGUUGGCAAGAAACCCUGCGCAGAUAAAGGAGAUCCGGGCCGAGCUGAACCACUACAAAUUGCACGAAAUGGCCGUUCACGAACAGUCUAGAGAGUAUACGCAUUAUUUCCGAGCUGCAUAA